AUGAAAUUAUUGUCAAUUAUUACAUUAGCAGCUGCUACUCUUGCGUCUGCUACACCAAUAGAGUUAAAAUAUGGUAAUGAAUCUAUAAAUAGGCCUUUGAUUCAUAUGACGCCCAGUUAUGGCUGGAUGAAUGAUCCGAAUGGUCUUUGGUAUGAUGCUAAAGAAAAAUUAUGGCAUUAUUAUUUCCAAUAUAAUCCAAAUGAUAGUGUUUGGGGUUUGCCAUUAUAUUGGGGUCACGCUACCUCAAAGAAUUUAACAACUUGGGACCAACAAGAUGCUGCCAUUGCUCCAUUGAAAAAUGAUUCAGGUGCAUAUUCAGGUUCUAUUGUUGUUGACGUUAACAAUACUUCCGGAUUUUUCGAUAAUGCUACUGAUCCAAGGCAAAGAGCUGUUGCAAUCUGGACUUACAACACCCCAGAUAGUGAAACUCAAUAUAUCAGUUAUUCUACAGAUGGUGGUUACACAUUUAUUAAUUAUGAUGGUAAUCCAGCUUUAAGUAACAAUUCUACUCAAUUUAGAGAUCCAAAGGUUAUUUGGCAUGAAGAAUCACAAAAAUGGAUAAUGACAGUUGCUAAAUCUCAAGAAUUUAAGAUCGCUAUUUAUUCAUCUCCUAAUUUAAAGAACUGGACUCACGAAUCUGACUUUACUAAAGAAGGUUUACUUGGUUUCCAAUAUGAAUGUCCAGGUUUAUCCAAAUUUUCUGCCCCACAAUCUGAUAAUGCUACCUAUCCAACUAAUUCUACUGACUCUACCAAAUGGGCUCUAUUUAUUUCAAUCAAUCCCGGUUCUCCACAAGGUGGUUCAUCAACUGAAUACUUUAUUGGUGACUUUAAUGGUACUCAUUUUGUUCCUGAUUUCCCAUACACCAGUAUCCUCGAUUUAGGUAGGGAUUUCUAUGCUUUGCAGAAUUUCUACAAUUCCCCAGAUGGUGAAGUUUAUGGCAUUGGUUGGGCUUCCAAUUGGAUGUAUUCUAACUACGUUCCAACGGACCCAUGGAGAUCUUCAACUUCUUUGGUAAGAAAAUUCAGCUUAGAAGAAUUCCAAGCUAACCCAGAAUCAAAAUUACUAAAUAUUAAAUCUACCCCAGUGAUUGAUUACGAUACAUUAAAUUUCGGCGAAACUUUCAGUUAUGAAAAUGAAACCUUUGAUACAAAUAAUUCGUUAUCUUAUGAUUUAUCAAAGAAUUUUGAUGGCUUAAUUGAAUUCAAUUUAACUUAUACUGUUAAUGGUAGUGCCUUUGGUAAGAGUGAUUUUGCUGAUUUAUCUCUAUAUCUAAUUGGUGAUUCAAACAGCGAUGAAUAUCUAAGAUUAGGGUUCGAAGGUAAUGCAGCCGCCUUCUUUAUUGACCGUGGUAACACCGACGUUGAGUUUGUUAAAGAAAAUCCAUUCUUUACUACCAGAAUGUCUGUUAACAACCAACCAUCAAGAUAUAUUGACUCUGAAAUAAGUCAAUACAAGGUCUAUGGUAUUGCUGAUAGAAAUAUUCUAGAAUUAUAUUUCAAUGACGGUUCUCAAGUAUCUACUAAUACCUAUUUCUUUACAGGUGGUAAUUUUAUCACCGAGGUCGAUCUAGAAGUAGGUGUCGAUGGUGUUUAUCAAAUUGAAGAAUUCAAAGUCAGACAAAUGACAUUAAAAUUAUAA